AUGUCACUUUCACCCCUCGAGGGUUUCGACGAUUAUGCGACGAUAGCCCAACUUGUCCAGCCUCCUCAGGUUCCCCGCCACCGGUCGCACGACCCUUCCAACAAUCAAAAGCGGACAGAUCCUUUUCAAUUUGGAUCUCGGUUCCUUGAAGAAGGCGACGAUGUGUUUGAAUUCAACGCUUGGGAUCACGUUGAAACAGAUGCAGACUAUAAGCAAUAUACAGAGCUUCAAAUAGCCAAGCAGCGCGAGGCGCCAGUCUCGGAUUUCGAUCGUCAACGGUUUAAUUCGGACCCGGCAAAGUGGUGGAAUUUGUUUUAUAAGAAUAAUACUGGUAACUUUUUUAAGAAUCGGAAAUGGCUGCAGCAAGAAUUCCCCGUGCUCGCGGAAGUUACAAAAGCUGAUGCAGGCUCGAAGUUGGUUUUGGAAAUCGGUGCGGGAGCAGGAAACACCGCCUUUCCAAUCCUGGCCAAUAAUUCUAAUGAAGAGCUUAAAAUACAUGCUUGUGACUACUCCAAAAAAGCGAUUGAAGUGAUACGUGGGAAUGAAAAUUAUAAUGAACAGUAUAUCAGAGCUGAUGUGUGGGAUGUUACAGCAGAGGGGGAUGACUCCCUUCCACCAGGGAUUAAUGAAAACACUGUCGAUGUGGCAGUAAUGGUCUUCAUAUUCUCUGCUUUGGCACCAGACCAAUGGACGCGUGCUCUAUUGAACAUAUAUCGACUUUUGAAGCCCGGAGGACAGGUUUUAUUCCGAGAUUAUGGUCGAGGUGACCUAGCGCAAGUAAGGUUCAAGAAGGGGCGUUAUAUGGACGAGAAUUUUUAUGUCAGAGGCGAUGGUACUAGGGUAUACUUCUUUGAAAAGGACGAACUGGCCCACAUAUGGAGUAAAUGGACUCCCAGUGGAGGCCUGCCCAGGUAUGAAGAAGAAGCGGGGGAUUUACCGGCUGAGGUCACGCCGAACCCCAGCGCUGGAUUCGAUGUCAUUGACCUCGCGGUGGAUCGCAGGCUAAUUGUGAACCGCAAGCGAAAAUUAAAAAUGUAUCGCUGCUGGAUUCAAGGCCGGUUCCAAAAGCGUGAUUUACGCUCAGAUGAGCGCUCCCGGGCCUUGCUUGGGGGCGAAGCAGCCGAGCUUAAUAGUUGA